UGUGGUUUUAAUGUCACAUGUCACCGCUUGACGUUAGGAUUUUUGUGUUGUUCGUCGAUAACUACAAUCGUUGCGAAAAAAAUGUCUUUUCAGGACAAAAUUUCCGCACUAAUGGUCAGACCGGGCCAAGAUCCGGUGUCUAAAGAUGAAAUACCCUGGUGGUUAAAAUUUGCUGGCAGGGGGCUGGGAACAGUAGGUGGAAUCCUUGCCGUUUUCCUGGGAGUGUGGAGUUGUCUUGGUAUACUCGUAGUCAACGUAAGCGCUCUAAUUGCGGGAAUGUUGCAAGUAGUGGUUGGUUUCAUAGUCUUAUGUGUUGAGGCUCCAUGCUGUUGCAUGUUUGUCGAAAACGUGCAAAGAAUGAGCGAUUUUGUGGAUUCGAGGCCUUUUUGGAACAGAGCUGCAGGAUAUGUGGUCCUUGCGAUACCACCAAUUAUAAUUGAACCCUCAGUUACCAUUAUUUUGGGAAGUGGACUAAUUUUUGGAACUGGUGUCCUUUAUGGAAUGAUGGCUUUGGGAAAGAAGGCUUCGAGAGAGGACAUGGCAGCUGUUGCUUCGCCGCAAAUGGCGACCUCACCUUCAGGCUUGGGAGGACAUGUAGAUCACCAACGGGCCACACUUGUGGAAGAUCCUGAUGUGUGGCGCCCGACGUAAAGUGGAAUCGCUUACGACUACUAAUCAUAUCAGUAGCGACCGCUGAGGAGAUGCGUCAAGCAGCGGCCGCAGCUGAAGCAAGCCGGCAACCUGGCGGCGUAACAUCAACCAGCAUGCGUUCCAACCUUGUAGCAAAUGCUCAACCAAUCAGCUUUACAGGAGCCCCUGUUUUUGACAGUAAUGUUUGACCGUGAUAUAUAUGGAUUAUUUUCAGGUUCCUUUCAUUUUACCUUUGCGUCAAAAUACGUCUAACAACACUUAAAAUCCUCCUUCCAUCAAGAAAUCUCCAAAUAAUACAUGUAUAAACAUAUGCAUAAUUUGGGGAUAUUUAAGUCUAGUUAAUUUGUUUUUUUUUGUAUGGAGUAGAACUGGUGAAGCAAGGCAGAUUUAGCCGGAAGAAUAUGGGGAAGGGUCCACUAUAAUUCUAAUUUGUUUUAAUGAAUUAUUGUCGUUACGGUUUCUGUUUUGCUCAGUAUUAGAUUGUUUUAUUUUAUCUUUAUUUAUUCACUUAAGUUUAUAGUUUUAGUGCCUACCAAAGGGAGAUUACAGUAAGAAGUAUAAUAUAUUUAUUUGUAUGUUUCCGUUGUUUCAAAUAAAAUAAAAUAGGCGGAUAUAUGAUCUCAAACUUCAACAAGUUUGCUCAUUUUAUAGAGAAUAUUUGCCCAUCGUUAAUUUUUAAAUUUACUUGUAAUUUAAAAAAAUAGUCAUUUAUUUGAAACAACUCCUUUCAGGACUAAUUUGUUUUGUUUUAUCAGCUUUUCUUUGAUUAUAAAUGGUUUUGAAAGUCUUUCGUUGAUGAAGGAAGUCCUUAUUGAAGAACUUUUCUUGAACGAGGCUCGUAAGUAUACGAAUCUCGAUCAAGAAACAAACCAAAAUUAUGGGUGUACAUAAUGUAUACUUCUAAGUUAACUUAAAUACAGUGCGAGAUUAUAGGCUAUAGUUGUAUUUAUUCAUAUAAUUUAUAAUACAUAAACUGUCAAUUAUAGGAGUGCUGUGCGCUACUGGGUUUGAGCUUAUAAUUUCAAAAUUUAAAUUAAAUAAUUACACAACCAUUUAUUAUAUGUGAGACACAUUUUAAUUGUGUGUCGAAAAAAUGGAAGUAUUUGACUGUGACUACUCCAAUUACUUGUUUUUAUUUGGUCACAAAUUUUAUAAAUUGUGUGGUUGAAUUUCUUACCCUUUUGAUUUCUUAGUAAAUAUUGCCUAUUAUUUCAAUUUAAUUCAUCAAUUUUAAUCAUAAGCAUUUUAAGACUGUGGUUUAUGCGUGUAUUGGUGUGUACUUUAGUCUAAUUAAAUUACGUAUUAUACGGUGUGUCUAAUUCUCUAAAUACCUACUUUGCGUGCUUGCUGAAGAGAUUAUGUUCGCUUACUCCUGUAGAGAGGGUCAGUAAAAGUAAUUUUGGUUAUAACUCCCGGUAUAUGUGAUUAUAUUUUCUAUAUUGUUGUAUGUAGUAUAUCCCUGCUCAAUUGGUUAUUUAUUAAUACAAUAAAUUUUACUUUCUAUUAAGUAAGAAUUAUUGGCGCUACAACAUUCAAAAAGACAUGCUAAAUUAACAUUCCAUCUCGGUUUCCGAAUGAGGAAUUCCAGUCUACAUAUCGUAUGUUUUUAAUGAUCAAUCAAAUAUAUUUUGCUUUUAUUUGAAUAGUGAUUAAACUUAUUAUAGUUGUUUGAAUACAGAUGAAAAUAUAAUGACCUUUAUCAACUGCAUAAUGUUAGUGCAUUAAUUACAUGUCAUAAAAAUUGGUUUCCAAGUUUAUUAUAUGCAGAGCGAACACUAAACAAAGUUAUUUAAUAGCUCUUAGCACAGUUAAUCGUUUAAAACUAAAUUUUAAUUUUGAAGAUGACCGGAAAUAAUUUGUGAUAUUUUAACAUUUUAUACUAUUUUCCAGAUUCCAAAAGAUUUUUAUCACAAUCUGUGCGAGGUAUUAUAUUUUGUAAAUUUUGUUCUGGCGCCUAAAAGCAGUUAAAAUAUAAGGAAUUACGCGAAACUAUUACGACACGUUUAUAAAUUACGUAAAAAUAUUUUUAAUUUAUAACUUAACACUUGAAACAAUCUUUACUUGUUUUUUCGGCUUUCAGGUUUCAAAUAAUACAAUAAAAAGUUCGGAUUCUUAAGUUUAGAAAAGACUUAUCCUUAUCUAAGCUUUUUUCUUCAAUUAAUGAAAAGUACUAUUACUUCGUUAGUAAUGUUAUCUUGUGUAUUUAAAUAAUGCCUGAAGCAACAAGUUGAGUUUUCCAAAUAGUUUGUUAAAAAUGUUAGCAAAUGAUAAUGUUCACACUGUGAGCCAUGAAGUCUCAAUGCCGUUCCAAUAUGCCACGUACAGUUUUCACUCAAAUAAAAGAGUAAAAUGUGAAAUUUUUUUAAAGAUGUUGCAAAUCAAUCGAUGAAAGUUCCCAGUAGACGGAACUGGAGGUAGACUGCAUGUUUCUAUUUAUUAUGUAUACUUGAGAUUGCUUUGAAGGUAAAUGACUGAAAAUUUUUUAUUUGAAUAUUUACAAUUUUUCCAAGUGUGGUCGUAAACUCAGCUACAAUAUAAUUGCUUCCAUUUUAAAUGGAUUUAUUUAAGCUGCCAAAAACCUUUUCUGAUAUUUAAACUAGUUAUAUAUAUUUCGUAAUACUGUGAGUUUACUAGAACGUUAUGUAAUACCUAAAAAUAAAUAAUUAAUUUAAGCAACAUAAUAGUAAUAGAAAGAAACGGUAGUUUUAUGUAACACACAUCGACCUUUAUUUGAAGAUAAUUGCAUACAUUAAAUAUUUUGAUUUUGAGAGUUAUUAAAGUGUGCAUUGAAUUGAAAUGUAAUUGAAUGUAAUUGUUAUUAUGUACAUGUUCAAUUAGAUCAAUUUCUAACAUUGCAAAUUAUAGGAUGACAUGGCUACAUGAAAUGUAACCCGAAAAAUGUACUGUUAUAGCAAUAAAACAAAGUAUUAUA